UGUCGGUAAAGUUUGGGAGGUACUUCAGUUCGAUCAUGGAAACCUAAAUACUGUGUUCCCCUAGCCAAACACGAGGAGACUGAAUCCGGCCGUGUGUUUGUUUUUUCAAUAAGUGACUCUCUACCUGUUGCAUUGCAACCGCAAAGUGUGUUCCCUCAGUGAUUAUGACUAUGUUAUCUCAGAAACUGUAUCCAGACCCGGUGACUUCCGCGAUGUCCGGCGUCAACAUGAGUCCAGCCAUGACACCGACCUAUAGUAUGAACUCGAUGACCUGUGUGUCGAUGAACUCAUGUUCCCCGCAGAGUGGAGGGUUUCCAACCAACAUGCUUGCUCCUGGUGGUGGUGCGAUGGCUUCUAUGCAGAUGAACGGUAAUUCUAUGUCUUCCGGUAGCAUGGGUUAUACUAAUAUGAAUAGUAGUUGCAUGGGCACGAUCAACUACAACAGUGGGUUAGGCGCUGUCGGUACCAUGCCUGGUCCAAGGGUUGAUCUGGCUAACGAAGGAGGAUCACCCAACUCCGCUGCACUUCAACGGGCCAGAGCGGACAAGUCAUACAGACGCUCCUACACUCACGCCAAACCACCUUACUCCUACAUAUCUCUCAUAACAAUGGCUAUACAGAAUUCACCUUCGAAAAUGCUCACUCUGUCGGAAAUUUAUCAAUUUAUCAUGGAUCUCUUUCCCUUCUACAGACAAAACCAACAGAGAUGGCAGAAUUCCAUCAGGCACUCGUUAUCCUUCAAUGACUGUUUCGUUAAGGUACCUCGGACACCCGACAAACCUGGGAAAGGAUCUUUCUGGACUCUGCAUCCCGAAUCAGGUAAUAUGUUUGAGAACGGCUGUUAUCUCAGGCGACAGAAGAGAUUUAAAGACGACAAAAAAGAAGCGGCACGACAAUCCCAUAAGAGUGUUUCACCACAUCAUCAUCAUCAUCACUUACACCAGCACGAAGACAAAAAGGACAAAUUGGACAAGACUGAGCUCGGCCUCGGGAAUCAAGGCCCACUCAUGAAGGAAGCAGAUCCGAUGGCAAGCCUCUUACACGGUAGCGGAUCGGAAAUCUGCCUCCAGCAACAAGAAGCGGAGUUGUCAGCAAUGGUCAAUCGUUGCCACUCUCACCAUUUGACCGCUACCCUCGACCAUUACGGUCAUCACCUAAAGCAGGAGUACCCACCAGCUUCCUCUCACCCUUUUUCUAUAACAAGGCUCCUGCCGGCUGAAAGUAAAACCGACAUAAAGAUGUACGCAGACAUGCAGUACGGAUACUCGGACACCACCUACUACCAGAGCUCACUGUACCACAGCCCUCCAGGAGCUGCUGCUUUAUGACAAUACCCGUUGACAGGGUAAGAUAUCCAUGUUUUGUCAUUGGCCCCUCGCUCAUUCUCUUUGUUCUACUCUAGCGAUGCUAACUCAUUUCGCAUAGCCUGAAUAUUUUAUUUCAGUUUAGGUUAUGGUUUCUAUUUUCAACUACAAAUUCCAUUCUCACACAUUAUGUGACUUGUUUUAAGGGGUUCCUUAUAAAUUAUUUAUUUAUAGUUGAUCCUGUUUUUCCUUUCUUUUUAUUAAUUAAAGCCAAUGUUGAUUGAUAAAUGUCGGAUAGUUGAUCAUUUAAUUUUAUAUCAUAAUAAUAGCAUUUGACAGUAGUAAUUGAUCAGACCUGUAGAGGCAAUAUUAAAGCUGAUAAACUUGUAUCACGAAUGCUAACUUUUAUUAUUUUAUUUUGAUAUUCUUGGUAUGUUGAAAAACUAUUUUUGAUCAUAUUUGAAUCAUAGUUUUCUAUGAAUCACGCUUGUUGGAUGAUUUUAAAAUAUUUACAUACUUUUCUUUGUUCUCAAUAAAUAUGUAGAUAAAAAUGGAAUCCAUUUGUCACUUAACAUGAUGUGUGUCAGAAGCCUAUAAGACAUGACAUUUUUAUAAAUAGUUGAAAUGGAAAAUAGAAUGAAUACCCCAAGUCCUCACUAUAAAUCGGAAUCUGUGACUCUCUAAUAAACUGGUCAUUCCGUCCAAUUGAUUUACCCGUAGCUAUUGUAGAUAGGAGGCUUGCGAGGGGCCACAUACCCCGGUCGAAGAAGAUUGCAAGGACAGUUGUACAUAGCCACCGCCACUUAUGGCCAAACGAACUAUGUGUACAUUUUUAAUGCUAGCAUUAGAUCGGGGACCUUAUAAUAAUAAAUUUUUAGUUUUCCGCAGCAGUGCGCCUGGUGACCAGCAUCUUCUGUUACAUCUCCAUGUCCUUCAUUAGCUCAUUACCUAAGAAUCGAAAUUGUUUUAAAUCCGAUUUUAAUUUUUCUCUUUAUGAUUUCUGUAAAUCUGAAUGUAACAAAACUGUUAUACUGGUCAUCCUAUGCGUGAUACUGCAUAUGUAUGUAUAUAUCAUCAUGUAUGAACAUAUCCAUGCAUAUGAUUUGACUAUGUGAGUGUCUAUCCAGUGUAUUUGUGAGAACGCGUUUGUAUUUGUGUGUAAAUAAGAUAAUAUCACCUUAUAAGAAGAAACAAUGAUCUUUAUAUAUAUUAUUUAAUUAUUUUUAUUUUGUAAAAUCUCAAAGUGAAUUGUUGCUUGAAUCUCUUUUUGGGAUUGUAUGAAUUUGAAGUGUAAUAAUCUUAAAUGUGUUCCAUUGUGCAUGUAAAUGAUAUCUGGGGUUACCCUGAGCUUUGUAGAAGAGCCUAGCCUACGACACACAUUCAGAUAUUUCAGAGCACGUCUCUAUAAAGAAUACAGAUGAGUUUUAAAAUAAUAAAAUAACAUAUAGAUUAAACAAUAGUUUAUAUCGAAUUAUGAGGUUUUUAAACAUAUAUUUUGGAUUUAAAUCAAUAUCGGCAAUGUUUUAUUUCUUACCGCUGUUAUAUUAUCACAUAUAAAUUUUGAUUGAUUGUUCAUUUUCAUUUUCUAGGAAGUUUAUUCCUAGGUUUAUAAUUGCAGAUUUGGAAGUUAGAUAUCUAAAUAGCGGCUCUGGGCAUGUUCUGUCCUACUGCCAAGCGUAUUCCAUUACUGCUCUUAACUGGAUAAUGAAUUAAUUGAAAAAAACUAGAUACUUAAUUGCCGUUGUAAAUAGCCUAAUUAUGUUGGAACAACGGCGGAUAGGGAUCCACUGUAUUAUGGCUGGAGUACUCUGUGAAUCCCUUAUCCUCGGGAAAAUAACAAUAAUUCAAAGUGUAUCUUAAAUCUCAUAAAGAUUAUAUCUCAUGUAUAAUUUGUAAAUUUCAUUUCGAUGUUUAGAUAUAUAAAUAUAUAAAUAAAAUAUAUAUAUACAUAUAAUAUAAAUAUAAGAAUAAAGUAUAUAUUGUUUUUUAUAUAUUAAUUUGUAAAUAUUUGGUUUUAUUGAACUAGUGAAUGUAACAACUAUAGUCGUUUGUGAAGAAGAGUUACCUAUAUGAAUAAUUUCAGUAAAAUGAACGUUUAUUGUAUGAAGCAGUGUUUUUUCUUUAUGUUACCCUGCAACAUUAAAGCAUAUUAAACAUUUUUUAAAAAAUAAGCUUCUCAGUUGUUUGGGCAAAGAUAAGCAAUUGGGUUUUAAAAUAAUUGAAAACUUUGCAAUAAACGUAGGGGACUGUUCAGAAUCCGUUUUAAUGUUCUUG